AAAUUAAUUAUCUAAAUACUUUUGGACAAUUGUCUUCAUUAACACUUUUAAACUAAUAUUUUUCAUCCCUAUAUAAAAUUUUUGUUACACAUUUUCUACACAUUUGGGUAAUAAUAAUCAUAACAAGGAUAAUAAUAAUUUUAACGAAUGGACUCAGAGUUGGGAGAAUUUGUACCUGAUUUUGAGGAUGUCGAGUCAAUGUUCAAAGUUGACUACAAUGGACUAACAAUUUACGGUGAAGGAAUGCCUUCACUUGAUGAUAUCAAAUUAUCAUAUCGCCAAGCAUGGAAAUGUUGCAAAGAAGGCUGUUUAUGUUUUUGUCGAAAUAUAAUGAGUCCAAAGGCUAGUAAUUGUACAUAUUUUGCUGUCUGUGAUGGUACAGAUCCAGUGAAUUUCCUGGUCCUGAAUCCAACAUCUAAAGACUCAACACCAGUUAAAAUCACGUUUGGUGAGAUUUUGAGUGGUUAUUGGGUUUGGAAGAAGUGUCGUUUGUUUUAUGUUCCUUCCGAUAAAUCAGAAUCUAAAUCUAAUCCAAUGGUCAUUGAAGGCUUAUCUCCACUCUUCUUCGAAUCACUUCUCAAAUGCACUUGUGAAUGUUACACCAUGUUGAAGGAAACAAAUCAAAAACUUGACCAAACCAGCUAAUAUACUAUUCAAUAGCAUAUCCUACUAAUAUACUAAUAACAUAGUUGUCAGUAUGUAUAAUGGGACAGGAAGAUUAAAAUUCAUAUUUUUGCAACAGCUUGGAGUAGGAAUGCCUGAGAUCAUUGAGUAUUUUACAGCUUUUGGGUGUUUCGUAGAGUUCUGCAGGAG